UUACAAAGCUUGCAACAAUCAAAUCUUCCUGCUGGUGACGUCGUUUUGGGCGACGCUGUACCUCGUGAAGCCAUAUUCAAAGUUGAGGCAAACGAUGGUGAAAUUUACGAUGUCUUAUGGCUGUCAGUGGAUAUGUUCGCUAGUGGAGGUAGCGAUAAACGAGUGCGCUUGUGGAGAGUCGACCAUCAUGGAAGACCUUCAAAAAUGAGCACGCUGGUUGGUUGCAACCACUCAGUGACGCGCCUCGACUUCGACGCCGAGUCACGGCUUUUGCUUGGCGCCAGUAACGACAAUGGUGUUCGAUUAUGGAAUGUGGACAAUCAACGGCUCAUGACGUCUUUCAUGGGACACACGGAUAAGGUGUCAUCGGCUCGAUUUCUCUCAUCUACUCAAGUAGUUUCUGGCUCCAAUGAUCGCUUAAUAAAGCUGUGGGAUGUUCGGAGUCAACGAUGUAUUCGCUCAGUUUUCCCAGGCUCCACUAUCCUCGACAUAGCAGGAAUCAAAAAGGGUGUUGCAACAUUUACCUCAGGGCACUUCGACCGGAAGCUUCGUUUUUGGGAUUCACGAAAUCAAGAACCGGUGCACAGCAUUGAAAUGGGUGGCAAAAUUACCUCUUUGGACAUGUCUUCCGACGGCAUCCAUCUUUUGUGUUCAACAAGAGACGACACAUUGUCUCUAUUGGAUAUCCGAAAGUAUCAGACAGUACACAUAUACAGCGCCGAGCAUUAUCGAACGUCGACCGAUCUCUCUCGAUGUGUGCUUUCACCAGGAAUGGGAUACUGUGCUGCAGGGUCUGCGGAUGGACACGUUUUUAUUUGGAAUGUGCAAUCUACCAAGUUGGAGAAGAUUCUCCACAAAGGAGGACAUGAGCACGCGGUGCUCUCGCUGAGCUGGAAUCCAUCUGGUCAUGGUCUACUUACCGCAGACAAGCAAAAAAUUGUGUGCAUGUGGAAGUGA